GUUACUGAUUUGGCCAAGGCUUUGCUGGGAUAGAAAACCAUCCCACAAACAGGUGCUGGGCCCCAGUACAGGACCAUGCUGUACCUUCUUUCCCACUGGGCUCAGUCUGCAAAGUGCCAAGGACAAUUCUUCUUGCUCUAAAAUAAAUCUUUCCUUUUAUAUUCCCACUCCCUUCUCCAAAGAAAAUAUCCAAACCAAAAGACAAAGGCUUUGUUCUGUAGCUCGCUGUCACCAUUAGGAACCCGUUGUAUCAAAUUGGUGCUUAUCUGGCUGAACACAAAAGGGAAAACAUAAUGGAAUAUACGAGGACAAACUGAUAACACCUGCUCGUAGCAGGACUGGAAAAACCUGAGAUGUGAAUUCUUAUCCAAGAGCUUUUUAGCAUGAGCUGCGCCAUGAGCCCUGCACAGGCAAGUCUCACCCCAGUGUACACGUGGCCCUGGGCAGGCUCAGGAGGAACUGGUGAGGAGCUCAGGGUUCCUGCAGGAUCAAAGUCCAACUUGGCAGUUGGCAUUCAGCCUUCUGUGACCUAUGGAGGGUGUGAUGUUGGGGCUGCUCCCCUCUCGAUGCACAUGGCCCUAGGGAUGUUUCACCUGCAGCAUCCCAGAGAGGAGACUCCUAAAAUCUCAUAGGGCAGCUCAUAAAAAUGUCCUGGUUGCUCAGAUCCUGCAGCCACUGCCGGAUUUUCCAGGGUUCUGUGUGACGACAUCAAGUAGCAGGAGGUUGGGUUUGUCCUUGGGGCAAGGACCUUCCUGCAGUGGUUACACAGGGGAGCUGGUGCAUGUGAGGACAGCAGCACCAGGAAAAGACCCCCUAUGUCCUUCUCCUUAAGGUGGGAGCACAUGGGGACUCCAGUCCACACUGAGCUGCUGGACUCAGCCAAGGCAAGCGCUUCAGGUGCUGGCUUUAUCUGCUAUUGAUGAGAAGAGCCUCGUGAUAAAGAUGCCUUUGCACUAAAGGCAAGUGAAGAACCUCAGAACUGCACUGCACACCAUUUAACUCAGCUCCGAGCUCCCUAGCAGCAGAGUAUCUCCAUCACCACUGAGACCUCGAGUGCUUGGUUUUACCCCUCGCUGCCCCCCGCUCCCAUUUCCACGUCUGAAAGGCAGUGCUCAGCAGGACCCUAACUCGCCAUCCAUCCUACAGGACCUCUCCCCACCAUGUUUCAGCGUCUCACCAGCCUCUUCUUCAGUGACAGCAGCACUCCAGAAGGCCUUGAGGAGCCCAAACCCUUUGUUGAGGAGGAGGAGGAGGAGGAUGGCUGGCUCAUAAUUGACCUUGCAGGCAGCCGUGCCCGCCCCGGCGCAGCCCGGCGAGUGGGUGCUGGCGGCACCGGGCGCUCGGCGCGGUCCCGCCCGGCUCCCCCCGGUCCGUCACCACCUCCGGCCGCUGCCCCGGCUCCCCCCGGUCCCUGCUUGAUGGACGAGAGUUGGUUUGUCACCCCUCCCCCCUGUUUUACUGCAGAGGGGCCCGGCCCCGACGGCGUGGGGAGCAGCCCCAUGGAGGACCUGCUCAUCGAGCACCCCAGCAUGUCUGUCUAUGUCACCAGCACCCUCGAGGUGGACGGGGAGGGCCCUGAGGAUGAUGCUGCUGAGGAGGUGCCGGAGCCGCGGCUGGAGCGGCACGUUCCGCACCACAGCCGGUCCCUCUCGGUGAAAGCUGCCAUCCUGGAGAAGGUGGGUCAGGCGCGGCGGGUGCAGCGCGCCCAGCAGCUGGCCGACAAGCACCGGCUGAGCCAGAAGGCGCUGCAGCGGCAGAACCGCGCCUGCCAGCGCCCGCUGCGCCGCGCCAAGCAGCACAUCGGCACCUUCGUCCACCAGCCCUGCCAGCGCCACUGCAACUACUGACCUCGCCGGGACGCCCGGCACCGGCACCGUGGUGCAGCCGGGCUGCGGUUCCACUCCACGCCCUCCUCACACACAUCCCUCUGCACACCCGGGCCUCCACUCAGCAUCUUCCUCAUCCUCAUCCCCGCGCCCUUCACCCGCAGCGCCGCAGCUCCAGCAUGGAGGGCCGGGUUGUCCGCUCCACCUCGCAGCCGUGCCAGCCUUUACAUGGGAAUUGGGUAUUCCUGGUGAGAUCCCCCGCGUCGAAGCCUGUUUGUCCUGAUGAGCCUGUGACAUCAGUGCCUUUCUUCCGGACGCCAUGACUCCACGUGUAGCCAGACUAGGAUGUCACAAGCAGAGACCCCGUGAAAAGAGCAAUGAAGCAACAAGAUUUGGGAUUUUUUAGGAAAAUCUCACCCAUGACACUAAAUAAUGCUUCCUUCCCCCUGAAACCAGCAAGUACCCCCCUCCCUCCUCCGUUUCUUACCUACGCUUUUACAGUGGUAAGACCCCACUGCUGGCCCUUGCCACGGGGAAGCGCUGGUGGAAGCCUUGGCAGGGUCAUUGGGCAGCUCGUGGUGCCUCAUGGUGUUUUUUAAAGACAACCUUAAAGCAAUCUCAGGAACCAAAGCACCGUCCCAGCGCCUCGCCGGAGCCCUCGGCCACCGCGCUGCGGGGCCGGCAUCCAGCCCAGGGCCAGUGGUAGCAUCACUGUGGCUGGUGGUCCUGCCGAGCUGCUGGGUGCCUCGUCCUGGCGAGUCCCCUCCUCCUGGAGCCGCUCAUCUGCCCAAAUCACAGCUAUAAACACACAUUCAAGGGUAUGGAUGUGUUUCCCUGUGUACCUUUAUCCUUGGAAGAGGAAUAAGCCAAGGAGCAUCGGCUGCUCAGUCCCUGGGAGGGGAUCAAGGCAGGGACCUGUGCAGCUUCCCCAGGGUGGCAAAAGCACGUCAAAGCUGGUGGUGAAGGGAUGAUGAAGAGGAGGCCCGAGGGAAGAGGCUGAAGUAAGGGUGAAUGUGGACCUGGGAGCAGCUGCUAAGAGACAGGAUGGGGCAGGCCCUGGCAGUGGGGCCGGGUGAGAGGGUUGCUGCAGUGGAGCUGCAAUGAGAACGUCUUCCCUCCUGAAUAAAAAGUGGAUCCUUUCCCAUGGGAAGGGACAAAUUCCACUGUGAGCAGCACUGGUUUGGAAUGGAAAUCCCUCCCCUCCCCAUGAUGGAUUCAUUCUGCCCUUCAAAUGACACGGUCCAGACUUUUCACUGGCUCCAGCACCAGCUGAGGUGGCUCCAAACCCAGCAGAAAUUUGUUGUUUCCCCCCCAACUCCUUUCCUUUAGGGACUGGUUUGUACCCAUGCACUGGGGAAGCUCUGGCCAUCCGUCCUGCUCACAGCCAGCUCACAGCCUGGCUUCCCACCCUCUGAGACAAGAAAUACCCCUCAUCCCCUUUCCCCUGCCCCCAGAAUGCUGAUGUCACACGAGUUUCUGCCAUUCACCAUGUUAUAGCCCUCAGUAUCAGCUUUGGACCGAGGCUGAAGGGAUCGUGGUGAGCCCAGCCUCAGACAGCUGAUAUUUAUUCAUUUUUGAAUGAGAUUAAAACUAAAAUGAACCCUUUUAGGAGCAUCAGCCCCAGCUCUGUACCUGGGAGCCUGGGCUGCGGCCACAGUCACCGGCCCUCGCCGUUGAGCCUAAGACCACGCUGGAGAUCGCCCUGUCUCUGGUGUCUUCCAAUCCGACUGAUGACUCCUUGACUCAAUGGGAACGUUUACACCCUUUGGCAUCCUGGGCUUCACUUUAAAGGCCUUUCCCCGCCCUUGAAUCGAUGCCUGGUAUGAAGUGGGAGCGUGGAUGCUGGCACAGGUGCUUGUGAAGACCAGCAGGGGCUGAGCCCAGGCUCUCAGGAUGAGGCGCUGCCUUCCCUGCUGCUGCUUCCCGCAUCACUGGUGACACGCUCUGUGGCCAUGGGGCAGCAGCGUUAGAGGAAGCAUGGUUUCUUUAGCCCAAAUGUACAUCAGGAAGCGGACAAGCCAAGAGACGACCUGCCUGCCAGCCCGCUCUCCAUCGCAUCCGAGGUGCCGCCGGUCCCUCUGGAGUGCUGUCACCCCCUCUGCAGCUCCAGGGCUGGGGGGCAGCAAGGCUGCAUCCUGCCAGGUCUGUCCUGCCAGGCCUUGCCAUGCCCAUCAGUCUGCUCACAAAUGGUACCCCUAGAGAAGAACCCCCUCACGGAAACCUUCUCCUGCAUCCUGCUCAUCCAUUGUGAGCCGGAGCCCCUUGGCUGUGCUCCCAGGGGCUCAAUGCUGUCGUGGCCCCAGCACCCAGCACCCCUUUCAAAUGGCUGAUGCUGUUAUUCCGUCCUGGUUUCCAGAAGCAAAUGCAAACUGGUUUCUUCCCCUUUCUCCUUCCCAUGCCAACCUGAGACAUCUUCCAUCACGCUGUGCCCAGCCAGCCCAGGACAUGCAGCAGAACUAGGAUCACACUUUAUAUCAAGAGUAUGUUCAUAAAGGAUUAAUAAAUUAUUAAUAACGUUUUAAUGAAGAGGUUAAGCCAGAGUCCUGGAGGUCAAUGGAGUGCAAUUACCACAGCAUAGAUUGGCUCCUGAGACCCCCCCUGUUGUUGGCACACGUGGUUGCGUAUUAACAUUCAGUAAUCACCUAUCAACCCCAUGCCAAGGGACUGUCGACCCACCAGUGACCAACCCUUCCUGUGCUGUGGCAAAGGUGUGCUCAUCCUGCACUCUGCAGAUGCCCUGCAAUGCUCCUCUCCUGCCCAACAGUGAGCACAAGACCUGGCCUGAUACCAAAUCUCCUGCCCAGUGUUACCAGACAAGAAAACCCCUUUACCCUGAGGUUGUGAGCUUCCUCAAAUCUUAAAACAAACAAAAGGUGCUUGAAAACUGAGAACUUCUGUGUGUGCACACGUGUGCAUGUGUGGAUGCUUCACGACGCGGUGUGGGUGUUCAGAGGGCUGCUUUGGGGUGUGGGGUUUGGUGUUUUGGGGGUUUGUUGGGGUUUUUUUGCACCCAGUGUUUUCAGUUUGUGACUCGCUGUGUGAUGCUCCCAAUGGGAAGGCGAAGCAAACAUGGUGCUGGCUGGCAGGGAAGCCCUUGGGCUGGUGUCCUGCUUGAACAGCUAGGAUGAGUCUUGCUUUCUCUUCUUGACUUGCAGAGAGGGAAACUACAGCAUGGACUCAGGGACAAACAAAUGUGCUGGGGUCUAUAAUGAUGUGGUCUUUAUGGGUUCCUCUGUUUGGAUGUGGGUUUGUUUCUGUCUGGGGGGCCUUUGGCUGUGUGGUCCUGAAGGAUGCUGCAGGGAUGCAGCUGAAGCCUUUGGCAGCGCUUGUUGGUGAGGGGCUGCUGUGUGCUGGGAGAGCCGCAGGGUUUGAUGCUCUGGCAUAGUGUCUGCGUGGAAAAGGAGCUGUGUCCCCUUGUGUCCAUCCCUGAGCAGCAGCCCAUGCCCCGAAUAUUCACCUUAAAGCUGCUGGAAUGCGCCUGGUCCUUCCUUGGGCUCGUUUGUG